AUGAAGUUCCUGCUUCUUGGCAAACAGAUCCGGAUCCGUGAUGACGAAGAAUUCAAGUCUACGAUAUUAUAUCAAUUUCAAAUUUUUAUCGUGAACAUGUAA